AUGGCUAAGGCUUCCGCCUCAUCGCCCACCGCGACGCCUCCUUCGGGCGCCCUGAAACGAACCACCUCGAGCGCGCAGAAUAUGAAAAACCAGAAAUCCAUCCUCGGUUUCUUCCAAAAAUCCUCUCCAGCAACUCCCAAAAAUGAUCAGCCCCGUGAACCAGCAUCCUCGCCCUCCCAGAGAGCCGGCGAACAGCGUGGUGCUAGUUCAGUCAAACCUACAGUCAAACCUACACCCAAGAGGAACUUCUCCAGCUUCGCACAGGACUUGACUCCCAUCCCAAGCAGUGAUCUUCCAAUCCCAGGUGAAGAUGAAGACAACGAUGAAAGCUUGAAGCCCGGACGCGACGAAACUCAGGAUACCACAAUGUCUCCCUCUCGCCGAGCCAAGAAGAAAGUUAGCUACAAGGAGUCCGAUUCAGAAGGCGAAGAGGACGACGAAGUCAUCUUCCGCCCCAGUCGCAAAAACAACGCCAGCGGCCGAGCCACCAAGCGAAGAAAGACUUCCCCUGAUAGUGAGGAUGAGUUCCAACACGCUGAAGAAGAUAUUGGAUACUCGGAUGAUGAGAUGGACGACUUCAUUGUCGCCGACGAUUCCGAUGAAGAAGUGGCGGCCCCGAAGAAGCGCAAAAGACCGGCUUCCACUCCUGCACGGAAAAGCUCCAGCCAGUCUUCUCCACUACCCCCUCCACCACCUGCGGGUGAGGAUCUCGAUAUGGAGCUUCCCGAGGGCUCGGCCGGUACUGCCUUGCAGUGGACCUUUGACCCUGAGAACACAGAGCCUCGAAAGCAACGCGCGGCUGAAACAACUUCUAAGAAGCCCGCCACCAACAAGAAGGAGAAAGCCCAUGUUAGGGACCCUGAAGAGCGAUAUCCAUGGCUUGCCAAUGUCAGAGAUAUGGAUGGCAAUCCUCCAAGCCACCCUGACUAUGACCCACGAACCAUUUAUGUCCCUCCUCUGGCCUGGUCUAAAUUCUCUCCAUUUGAGAAACAGUACUGGGAGAUCAAGCAGAAAUUUUGGGAUACGGUGGUGUUCUUCAAAAAAGGGAAGUUCUAUGAACUCUACGAGAACGAUGCCACAAUCGGUCACCAGCUAUUUGACCUAAAGCUGACAGACCGAGUCAACAUGCGUAUGGUCGGUGUUCCUGAAAUGAGUCUUUCUCAUUGGGCGAACCAAUUUGUGGCCAAGGGGUUCAAGAUCGCUCGUGUUGACCAAUCUGAAUCAGCACUUGGCAAGGAAAUGCGUGAGCGAGAUGCCAAGAAAGGUGGAAAGGAGGAUAAGAUCAUCAAGCGAGAGCUGGCAUGUGUCCUCACAACCGGCACACUGGUCGAAGGGUCGAUGCUCCAGGACGACAUGUCGACUUACUGCGUCGCCAUCAAGGAAGCUGUCGUUGAUGAUCUUCCUGCCUUCGGAAUUGCAUUUGUUGAUACGGCCACUGGCCAGUUUUUCAUUUCUGAAUUCGUGGACGAUGUAGACAUGACCAAAUUUGAGACUUUUGUUGCGCAGACCCGGCCGCAGGAGUUGCUGCUUGAGAAGUCGUGCGUUUCACAAAAGACCCUCCGCAUCCUCAAGAAUAACACUGGGCCUACCACUCUCUGGAAUCAUCUGAAACCCGGCAAGGAAUUUUGGGAGGCUGAUAUCACCCUGAAGGAGCUUGAUGCGAGCAACUAUUUCGUAUCCAAUGAUGAUGACAACAUCACAGCUUGGCCCGAAACACUCCGUGAGGCACGGGACAAGGAGCUACUCAUGUCGGCAUUCGGUGCUCUUGUUCAGUAUCUUCGGAUGCUGAAAAUCGAGCGAGACCUCGUAACUAUUGGCAACUUUACUUGGUAUGACCCCAUCAAGAAGGCUUCCAGUCUAGUGCUAGAUGGUCAAACUUUGAUCAACAUGGAAAUUUUCGCCAAUUCUUUUGAUGGCGGUGUUGAUGGUACCCUGUUCCAACUUCUUAAUCGCUGCAUCACACCCUUUGGCAAACGUACCUUCAAGCAGUGGGUUUGUCAUCCCCUUAUGGAUGCAAAGCGCAUCAAUGCUCGGCUGGAUGCUGUUGAUUCACUGAAUGCGGAUCCAAGUGUUCGCGAUCAGUUCUCCUCGCAACUGACCAAGAUGCCCGACCUGGAGCGACUGAUCUCCCGGGUUCACGCCGGUAACUGCAAGGCCCAGGACUUUGUCCGUGUGCUCGAUGGAUUUGAACAGAUUGACUAUACGAUGAGCCUCCUCAAGGAAAGUGGCUCUGGCGAGGGUAUUAUCGGACAAUUAAUUGCCGCAAUGCCUGAUAUGACUGAACUUCUUGCGUACUGGAAGACAGCCUUCGAUCACACCAAGGCGAAAGAAAAUGGGAUCUUAGUGCCCGAAAGCGGUGUUGAGGCAGACUUUGACAGCUCCCAGGAGACUAUUGAAGGGCUUCACAAGGACCUGGAUAACUUAUUGAAGAAGGCCCGCCGAGAACUGGGCUCCACUGCUAUUUGUUACCGUGACAAUGGUAAGGAGAUCUACCAGAUGGAGGUUCCCAUUAAGGUCAAGAACAUUCCCAAGAAUUGGGACCAGAUGUCUGCUACUAAGCAGGUAAAGCGGUUCUAUUUCCCCGAACUUCGCAGUCUUAUUCGGAAGCUCCAAGAGGCCCAGGAAACCCACAGCCAAAUCGUCAAGGAUGUUGCUGGUCGAUUCCAUGCUAGAUUUGAUGAAAAUUAUGGAACAUGGCUAGCUGCCGUACGCAUUGUCGCUCAACUUGACUGUUUAAUUAGUCUGGCAAAGGCAUCUGCCUCUCUUGGCCAGCCCAGCUGCCGACCCGUCUUUGUGGAUGACCAAAGAAGCGUGCUGGAAUUUGAAGAGCUGCGUCAUCCUUGCUUGCUUUCUUCAGUGGAAGAUUUCAUUCCAAAUGAUGUUCAUCUUGGUGGCAAACAAGCCAAUAUCGACUUGUUGACAGGUGCAAACGCUGCAGGAAAGUCAACCGUGCUUCGCAUGACUUGUGUGGCUGUCAUCAUGGCUCAAAUUGGCUGCUACUUACCCUGCAAAUCUGCUCGGUUGACACCGGUCGACCGCAUCAUGUCCCGUCUGGGAGCGAACGACAAUAUCUUUGCUGCCCAAUCAACGUUCUUCGUAGAGCUUUCUGAGACAAAGAAGAUUCUGUCUGAGGCCACCCCACGCUCGCUAGUCAUUUUGGACGAGCUCGGCCGUGGAACCAGUUCAUAUGAUGGUGUCGCCGUGGCACAGGCUGUCCUCCAUCACAUCGCAACACACAUUGGAGCUAUGGGAUUCUUCGCAACACACUAUCACUCUCUCGCCUCUGAGUUCGACGGGCAUCCUGAAAUUGCGCCCAAACGCAUGGCGAUUCACGUUGAUGACACAGAACGUCGUGUAACUUUCCUCUACAAGCUUGAAAACGGCGUUGCAGAAGGUAGCUUCGGUAUGCACUGUGCGUCUAUGUGCGGAAUCUCCAACAAGGUUAUUGAGCGGGCUGAAGUUGCUGCUAAGCAAUGGGAGCAUACAAGCCGGCUUAAGGAGAGCCUCGAGCGCCGUAAGGGCGGUGGCUUCGUCGGCCUGGGCUGGUGGAGUGAUGUAGCCUGGGCGCUGCGGGAGUCAACUUCCGGUGAGGAUGGUGACGUUACCGAUCUCGGUCUUGAGGUUCUGCGCAAGGCUAUCGAAGCUCUGUAA